AUGGCCUUCCAGCUGCUCGAGGCCGACGACGACGAGACCUUCUCGGAGGUGCUGGCGCUACUGGACGACGCAGCGUGGGCGGCCUUCGAGGCGGCGCACCCCAUCACCAAGACCACGAGCAAGCACCGCAACGGCGCGCGCGAGAUGCGGCGGCGCGAGGUCCAGUUCCUGCGCACGUGCGUCAAGGGCCUGGAGACGCAGCUCAGCGCCGUCAAGGAGGCGGCGGAGCAGCGCGCGCAGCUGCGCGACGCCACGGCGGGCCUGGGCAGCGGCUCCACGGCGCUCACCAGCGUCUGGAAGGACCUGGCCACGCGCCAGCUGGACCAGCGCCUGGCCUCGGAGCGCGAGAACAGCCGCCUCAAGUGCGCGCUCGAGGACCAGAAGAAGCUGCGCGAGAUGCUGCAGCGCGCGCUCAACACGCGCGUGGCUCGGAGGGUGAUGGAGACGAACGUGACACAGGAGAAGAGGACGAGAAGAGUGCAUGGCGUGCCGUUGGAGUUGUCGGAUCAAGAUAUUUUCCAGGAGUUGGAGAUUGGGGUGGACGAGGUGUACCAAGAAGCGGCGAGGGUGUUCUACCGAGUGGACGCUGGGGAGGGCCAGUGUAUUGGCGUGUUUGGAGAUAAAACGCUGCCCUUUGAUCUGCAUACGACGGCCGACGCGGCGUGGAAGUGUCUGGCGCACACGUUCCACCACGACAAGUACAGCUUCUCGUACAGUCGAGAGAGGCGGUUAGAUGGCACCGGCGAGGUGGUGCACGACGACUCGGUCGGGGAGAGCUUCGGCGUGGAGAUCAACGCGCCCGAGAGGAUGGCGGACUUCCAGAUCAAACAGGUCUUUCGACGAUAUGUGGAGGCGGACAGGAUUGUGCUGGCCUGGAGGUCGUACAUUGACCCGGCGGAGUUUCAGGGCAAGAAGUUGCAGGGCUUCCGCUUCAUUGAGAAAGGGUCGAUGGUCAUUCGACAGCCGCCUACGAAGCCCCACACGCUCACGAGCGACUUUACAAAGCUACGUAUCUGGCACGUCAUUACCCCAGAAACGCUGGCUAGCACGUCAGACACCAGUCCGCAGUUUGUGCAGGACCUGACAGAUUUUGUAUUGGGCGGAUCAUCCUCGGCAAGCACCGUGCAGAUGAUCGAAAAUAUGCUGAUUGAGCAGUCUAGAGGGAACGACACACACUUUUCAGUGUGA